AUGGCGCUACAAGCAUGUUUCUUCGCCCCCAAACCCUAUCAUCUUCAUCGUCUCUUUUCUAGCAGAAACCCUAAUUUCGCAAUCAAAUCCCAGAAUUCCCAAAUCGAAACCGAUACAUCCGAGGAUCCGGAAACACCCAAGAAAUCUGGUUCCUCAGGCCUCGGGUUCGGGUCCUCGAGUUCGUCUUCUGACGCUGCUUCUACGGCGAAGAAGUCGAAUUCAGUGCCCGUGAGCGGUAAGAAGAAGACGAAAGGUAAGAGAGUGGUGGUUAGACGUUCUCCGGUGGAGAAACCUGUGUUCGCGACCGAGGAGGAGGCGGCCAAGGCCGAAGAGCAGAGACGGAACGAGAGCGCCUUCCUUCUCGCGUGGUUGGGGCUCGGUGGGAUCAUUCUCAUCGAAGGGAUUGUUCUUGCGGCUUCAGGCUUCCUCCCAGAAGAGUGGGAUAAGUUCUUUGUGAAGUACUUGUACCCGGUUUUUACUCCAACGGUUGGAUUGUUUGUGGCUGGGACGGUUGCAUACGGAGUUCUAAAGUACGUACAGAACGAGAAGCUCAAGGAGCAAAAAUGAUAAGCCAUGGAUGCAUACAAGAGAGGCAGACGUCGCUGAGGUUCAGACAGAACUGUUUUGCUACUGUUGUUGUAUAUUUAUCAUUGUACAGACUGCAGCGUAUGAAGCUGUGUGCCGUUUUCGCUGGUGACAUGCGUGGCGUUUUCGUUGACAGACUCCUGAACUAUAGCAAUGGGCCGUUUUAAUCAAA